GUCCUCUGCAAGUUGAAACACAGCCCGUUAUGUUAAAGUCCCGCAGCCCCGCAGAUUCAGCCUCACCCAGAGUAGACUCCCAGGGCCCCCGGGAAUGUUAGGAGAGAGUGAGGAGAGACGAGGGAGACGCCGGGAGAACAGGUCUCCGGAGCCGGGGCGGGAAGUCUCUCUCCGCGUCUGAUUGGCUGGCCCGUGGGGCGUGGCUCCUCGUCUCCAGUCCAAGAUGGCUGCGUCCAUGGCGCGGUUCGUGGGGCCUUUUCUGGCUCGCCGGGGGCUCCGGGCCCGAGGACGCUGCGUGGGCGCCCAGAACCCGAGGAGAAGUUUCGCCGCGGAGAAGCGAGUGCGGAACCUCCUGUAUGAACACGCGCGCGAGGGCUACAGCGAGCUUCCGUCCUUGGACAUGGAGUCGGUGUGCGCAUGCCCGGAAGCCACGGCGCGCGCCCUGGAGCUCCGCAAGGGGGAGCUGCGGCCGGCCGACCUGCCUGCGAUCGUAAACCAAGACAACGACCAAGUGCAGAAGGACCCUCGAUAUCAGGGUCUGCGGGCCCGAGGCCGGGAAAUCCGGAAACAACUCACACCAUUGUACCCCAGAGAGACCCAGCUGGAGGAGGAGUUCUACCAGCAGGCACUGAGAUUGCCCAACCAAACCCACCCAGACACGCAGCAAGCUUAUCAACAGGGGCUUCACCCCCAUGACGGUUCCAGACCUUCUUCGAGGAGCCGUGUUUGAAGGCUGUGGAAUGACACCAAACGCCAACCCAUCCCAAAUUUACAAUAUCGACCCCUCCCGAUUCAAAGAUCUCAACCUGGCUGGGACAGCGGAGGUGGGGCUGGCAGGAUACUUCAUGGACCACACUGUGGCUUUCAGGGACCUGCCAGUCAGGAUGGUCUGUGCCAGCACCUGCUACCGGGCCGAGACGGACACCGGGAAGGAGCCUUGGGGGUUGUACCGAGUUCAUCACUUCACUAAAGUUGAGAUGUUUGGGGUGACAGCCCCUGGGCUGGAGCAGAGCUCGCAGCUGCUGGACGAGUUCCUGUCCCUGCAGGUGGAGAUCUUGACUGAGCUGGGCUUGCACUUCCGGGUGCUGGACAUGCCCACCCAGGAGCUGGGCCUUCCCGCCUAUCGCAAGUUCGACAUUGAGGCCUGGAUGCCUGGCCGAGGCGGAUACGGAGAGGUCACCAGUGCCUCCAACUGCACGGACUUCCAGAGCCGCCGUCUGUAUAUCAUGUUUGAGUCGGAGACUGGGGAGCUGCAGUUCACACACACGGUGAAUGCCACGGCUUGUGCUGUUCCCCGAGUCCUCAUUGCUCUUCUGGAGAGCAAUCAGCAAAAGGAUGGUUCCGUCCUUGUGCCUGCUGUCCUCCAGCCCUACGUAGGCACUGACCGGAUCACAGCCCCCACCCAUGUGCCUCUCCAGUACAUCGGCCCCAACCAGCCCCAGAAGCCCAGGCUCCCUGGCCCGCCUGCUGCCAGCUGACAACUGUCUGCUCUAGAGGCCCCAGACACUUAGAACCUCUACCCUGGAGCUGGCCCUGAUGUCUUUGUACUUGCCACCUGCCCUCCUGAACUCCUGGGUCUCUCUCUCUCUCUCUUUCUUCCUGGCUACUGAAUUAUUGUCAUUAACCCCUAUUAUCACUGGGGCUGUCGCCCAGAAGCAUGUCUCAGCCUGUGAUGCGAAGGACAUCUAGGAAGAGCCACAGAACUCCAUCCCAUCUUUACAAUAAAUGGUCACAAGACAAAGUCUUCUGCA